CGGAUCGAAAUUGCCGAGCGACGCGUCGUCCAAGACAUGUCCCCCGUUUCUUGAUGCCCCCGCGGUCACUUAACACGAACGGUGCAGGCUCGCCGCAUUCCAAUCAACAAUAGACAUCAGCACGAUCGAGUAAACGCCAUUGUCCAGUCGAGAGCACGAUUCGAACCAAUAAAUGGCGCCGAGGGAGUCGUCGUCGCGGCCGGCGGCGCACCGACAGCGUCGCCAUCGCGGCAGCGGCGGAGAUCCUUCGAAAAGAAACCAGCACAGGAAACGAAAGUCACACACGAGGAGGCCGGCGACAGCUUCGGACGAGAGUAGGGAGGACCGGGCGCCGCAUUCGCUGUCGUCGGGCGCACUGGCUCGGCUGGAUAGAGAAAAUGCACGACACAAGCACAGGUCUGGCCCAGGCGGGUAUGGCGAGACCAGAAGGAAGCGACCGCGUCGAGAAGAGCCCCGUGAGCCCGAGAUGACGCCUCCGAAACCGAGAAAGCACCAACACAAGCACAAGAAGCGAAGAGUCGUCAGUGGGGCGAUGAUGGAAGAGGGAAGAGUCCGACGGUCCGGGCUACGAGGCGGCGGCCGCUGGAGCGAGGACAGCUUGGAGAAGGAAGAUUAUUAUCACCGCCCGCGGCAAAAGAAGUCGAGAAAGAAGCUUUGUGAGCCGGAGCUGAACGGGCUAAACCGGGCACCCCAUGCUAACGAAUAUGCCAGGGAUUUUAUUGGCGUGCAGCCUGGUGGUUCUCAUCAUCGUCAUUGCAGUGGCGGUGGUAGUGAGUAAGAAAAAGGGGGAUGACGAAAAGUCCGAGGACUCCAGCCUGGGCGACAAGGACCGGAGCCAGAUCCCGACAAAGUGGCAGAACACGUACCUCGACCCGUGGACGUGGAAGACGACGACGGGGUUCAACGUCACCUUUACCGAAGAGAUGGUGGGCGACCUGCCGGUGAUGGGGCUCUUCACAUCGUGGGACGACUCGACCAAGGCAAACGACAAAGUCCCAGCGCUCAACGAGAAAUGGGGGUCGUACGGCGAUAGACCGGCCCGCGGCGUCAACUUGGGCGGAUGGCUGUCUCUCGAGCCGUUCAUCACACCGUCCCUCUUCAACUACAACACCAACCUGGGCGUCAUCGACGAGUGGAACCUCUGCAAGCACCUGGGGGCGUCGGCGGCCAAGACGAUCGAGGCACACUACGCGUCCUUUGUGACCGAGGACACGUUCAAGGCGAUCGCGGCGGCGGGCAUGGACCACGUGAGGAUCCCGUUCUCGUACUGGGCGGUGCAGGUGUACGACGGGGACCCGUACAUCUUCCGGACGUCGUGGCGGUACCUGCUGCGCGGCAUCGAGUGGGCGCGCAAGUAUGGGCUGCGUGUCAACCUCGACGUGCAUGGGCUGCCCGGGAGCCAGAACGGAUGGAACCACAGCGGGCGCUGGGGCACCAUCGGGUGGCUCAACGGGACGGACGGGCAGCUCAACGGCAAGCGGUCGCUUGAGAUGCACGACCGUCUGUCCAAGUUCUUCGCGCAGGCGCGGUACAAGAACAUUGUGACGCACUACGGGCUCGUCAACGAGCCCAAGAUGACGUUCCUCAAGACGAGCGAGGUGAUCCAGUGGACCAAGGAUGCGCGCGACAUUGUGCGCAAGAACGGGGUCAAGGCGCUGGUAGUGUUUGGCGACGGCUUCAUGGGGCUGGACAACUGGAAGGGCCUGCUGCCGGGGUACGACGACAUGGCGCUCGACGUGCACCAGUACGUCAUCUUCAACCAGGACCAGAUCGCCAUGACGCACCAGAACAAGGUGCAGUACGCGUGCGAGGGGUGGACGAAGCAGGCGGAGCUGGCCAUGGACCCGGCGCGCGGCUACGGAGGGCCGACCAUCUUCGCCGAGUGGUCGCAGGCCGACACGGACUGCGCGCGGUACCUGACGGGCGUGGGCUGGGGCAACCGGUGGGAGGGCACCUACGACACGGGCGACAAGGCGUCGUCAGUGAUGAAGCCGAGCUGCCCUUCCAAGGACGGGGCGUGCUCGUGCGCCAAGGCCAACGCCGACCCGGGCCAGUUCAGCGGCGACUACAAGAAGUUCCUCCGCAUGUUUGCCGAGGCGCAGAUGCACAGCUUCGAGAAGGGCUGGGGCUGGUGGUACUGGACGUGGAAGACAGAGAGCGCGACCCUGUGGAGCUACGAGGCCGGCCUCAAGGCGGGCAUCCUGCCGGAGAAGGCAUACGAGCGCGACUUUAACUGCGACGCCGAUGUGCCGGACUUUUCCGGGCUCUCCGAGUCGUACUAGAGGUUUGUUUGCUUCGAGAUGAGAGGACCGUUGUGUGGAUGUGAGAGAAGAGAGUGUUGACGGGGCGAACAUACUCAUUUAUGUCCACAUGUAUGAAGUCGGCAUGGACAGCGGCGGGUGGCACGGCAUGAGGGCAUGGACUGCAGGGACGCAAGCGUUUUGAUCUUGAUAUUGUGAUUGAUUUAGACGGCAGCAUGGAUUUGAUUUCACUGUUAUUGAUAGAUGGGUGACGGGGCGACUGAGAUGAAUAGGCGUGGCUUGGACAGUGCACGUACAAGCCUAGACGCUAUGUUAUGCUGCAUGUAUGGAGUAUCUUUGUCCGCCUCCCUUGACUCGGGUUGUUAUAUAUACAGGGAGUUUGACUGGCC